CAAGUAUUUCAUAUUUAUAAUCACUGCACCGAACCUACACGUACUUGGAAGUCAACAGGUGCUGUAAGCCAGCGUUGACGAAAGCAAAUUGUUUCUGCAGGAUGUCAGACGUUUCACGUUGGAUGUUUAGCAUCCAUAGGAAAAAACAACAUUAUUUCGCUCCGUCCUAGCUGGCUGCUGCGAGCUUGGUGCCUUGUCCUCUUCCGGUCGGAAAUUUAAGGCCUGGAACUGUCAAAUGGCCGCUGCCUUUGUUCGACGAGCAUUCAAGGGUGACGAUGAUGCAGAAGACUCCCCUCCGCAGCUGCCAACAGCGCCCAAGCAGUCGCAAAUACAAGCUCGUGCCAUCGACAGCUCUGGCGAUGAAAGCACGACAGACUCUCCGCCUGCAGCAGCGAUCCGGCACCAAUCCGCUGUUGCGGCUUAUGGCAGAUUUCACCACUUGAUUAGCCAGCGCCAGGAUGAUUCAGGCGACCUUCGACCCACGACGCCGCCCACGGGCCCCUCUCCCCGGAAUCGCCAAGCAGAUAGACCAGCUGCGGCACUCCAGCCGACCCAGAGCGAUACCUUGCAUGGACCGUCGACGGGCGGCAUUAAGGAAGGGCACAAUGGUUUGCGGGGCACGGGUGCUCCAAUCCCUCGCCGCCAUUCAGUCGCAGGUCUUCGUGUUGGCACCGGGCCUCCACCCUCUUCCACAAAGGCAGCGGCAGCGCGCGCCCUUCAUUCGUCCUUGUCGUCAAGCGACGAUGACGCGGGCCAUGGCGCGAUACCGGAUGCAGCACCCGCCGCCAUGCAGGAGGUAUCCAUGCGCUCCCUUGGGCAUCCCGCCGUCGCCUCCCUGCGCUCUACACGAUCACUAAGUAAAAGCACACCGAGUGGAAGCUUAACAGGAGAAGCUGCGGGUCCCUCGGCAUCUCCAAGCCGGCGCUCAAGCAUUGCAGGCCGCGCGUCUAUCAGCGAUGGCGGCGUCAUUAGUGGCAGUUUUGCAUCCGCUGCUGCUGCGGAGCUCGCAGGACUAAACGCCCAAGCAGGAGGCUAUACCAGCCGGCAACAUAGAGCCUCGCGCACCUCUCGCCUUCGCCGCGUUUCCUCGAAUGCGUCGCUGUCAAGCAAGGCAAGCCAGCCGGAAUCCCUGGCGUCUUCGCGGCUGACGGCCGGUUCUUCCAAGGUCAGCCAAACCGUGCAGCGCACCAUUGCUCGGCAGCGCCUAGUGGAGAGCAGCAGCGGUGAGGACGAGGGCAGCGUGCGGCAGGGGAGUUGCGAAACAGGGCAAGAGGCAGCGGUAGGUGUGGUGCCUAACAGCAAUCGGGAAUCCUUGGCCGCGGCUGUCAUUGCUGCGGCUCAGGCUACUGCGGCCGCGGCCGCGGCAGCUCGCAGACAUCCCAGUGCUCCUGCAGCUGCACGUCACAGGCAGGAGGCGGCUGCUGCAGGCGGUCGUCACGACGAAGCAGCCUUUAGCUUUCGUGCUUCUAGUGGCAGCAGCCUCGGCAGCGACUCACUUACACCGCUAAUGCGUGAGGCGACCGCGGCGGCCACAGCAGAAGUGGCGGCCGCAGCGGCAGCAAGCUUGCGCCCGCUGCCCAUUACGGCAAUCUCGCCGGCCCGUCUGAGCCCGCACACACGCCCCGUGGACGUCUUGGACCCGCCGGUGUUCGACGAGGUACCGCAAGGCGGCGUUGACGAUGUCGCUUACUAUGAAACGGCUUUCGUCAACGUAGGCAGCGCUGCUGCUGCAGCCCAUGCGGCUGCCGCUGCCGCACAGGCAGCAAAGGCUGCAGCUAUGGCUGAACUGCAAAACUCGCAGCGCAUCGCCACGUGGCUGGAGCAGCAGCCGCGCCCGCCGUCUUUGUCGUCUGCAGGUUGUGUUGACGACCUUGCAAGUGAGCAAGCUACCGUCGUCGUGGGCACGGAGGUUGAGGUGGAUGUUACAAGUGGGGCCGCGGCAUAUGGGGCCAACUACCGGAUCAACCUUGCAGCUCAUGCGGGGAGUGCUCUAGGUAGCGGUGGGAUGGAGCUGUCGGGUCUUUGCCGGCACGCCGCUCUUGACAGCAACCGCCUGCGCGCUGAGAGCCUCACGAUAUCCUCUACCGACGAUGACAGCGACAGCAAUGGCGGUGCAGCGGCCGCUGCCACUGAGGAUUGUGAGCAAGCCCACGUUGACUGGCAACGCGCCGUGGACAGUAACCACAUGCCUUCGGGUGGUGAGCAAGCUUCAGCAAUUACGUCCACUGCCGAGUCUACCGACGCAUCUACGGCUCCCACCUUUGCACCGGUCGUUCGUCGUCUAGACUUCCCAGGAUCCAUUUCAGCAGGAGCCGGUUUGUCCGAUACCGAUAAGGAGCACAUGUCGCGGCACUUCUUCGCACCGCUGGAGCGUCCUCAAGCUCGCUCUCCUGCGGCUGCACCUCGACCGGCGCCCGUUGCAGCUGGGAUGGAUUCUGUGGCCGGGGCUGGCCGGCGAGUAUCUGUUAAGCCAGCAUCACGCGGUGCUGCUUCUGGCCAGCACGCAGCCCCAGGUGCUCUUCCUAGUCGCUCAUCUCCAGCUGGAACGAGCGCACGCAUGACACCAAGCAAGCUGCGCGCAAUGCUGUCAAUCCUUGCGCGGCCGGCCCAUGCACCGCCAGCAAGUGGCAGUCCUAGCCGGGGCCCAAUCUUGCAACCAUCGCAAGAUGCAGAGUCGGUACAGUCCAUGAGCUAUUCGGAGAUGCUGCAGAUGCUGCAGGAAUUGUCCCCAGUGGACGGGAUUUCCCUUCCGCAGCCAGUGGCGGGCGCCAGCACCGACGUCGCCAGCGGCGUCAGCAAGGCCAGAGCUGGGCGCACGCGAGCGGGUCGAAGUUCUGGCAGUGCUGCCCGGCAUUCCGUCGCAUCAGCGCCAUCAGUCGGGGCGCCGGCGACCUCAGCACCCCUUCGAGGUCGGCAGCAAAAGUCUGCUGAGGUUGGCGCAAGCGGGCAUCCCUCCCAUGGCGGCAUGACAGCGGCUGCAGCCACGGGCAGCGUACUAUCACAUGAGGACAACAUGGCGGCGCCGCUUUCCCAGGACUUGACGAAUACUGGUGUGACUCUGUCAAGCCAUUGGGGCGGUGGGGAGCAGCAACAGCGUGAUUUCGCCGACCUGGUCCGCCUGUGGACGAUGCUGACGGGACGCCGCUUAGCGUUCGAGGCCAUGGACAAUCACUCAGACGCGCCGGUGCCUACCGAACAUGGUGCCAGCGCCUCUGGUUCGCCGCAAAGCACUACCUCAACAGCGCAGCAGUCCCACGCAACUGCCCGUAGUGGUGGUACUGGCUCCGACGUUCCAUCGUCUGCAGCGAUAUGGGCAGCCUCAGCAGCAGCCAUGGCCACCUCAGCGGUCCUCGCGGCGGCGGCUGGCGGUAGCCAGCAACUGCAGACAGCGUACCAGUACCAGCAACAGCACCCGUUCCAGCCUGGCUCUUUGGGUGCGACCGCUGCGGCGCAUAACAUGCAGUCACCGCUGCCGUAUGGCACAUCGACUGCCAUGUCGUCCAGAAGCAACCCGGUGGUCGGUCCCAACAUCACUAGCAGCAGCCAGCCCGGCGGUCAGCCCAACUAUGCCAGCUUCGCCUCCCUUCCACAGGAACUGCAGCAUUUGGCUCGCCUUGUCAGCGCGCCUGACCACACAGGAGCAGGGGGCUUGAGGCUGCAGUCUGGGCCAGGCAGCUCUGCUCUGCCUCAUGGCGACCUUGCGCACCUGUCGAGCCUGCUGGUUGCAGCUGGCAUCAGCGGUGAGCAGCAGCUGCAGGUCUCAGCCGCCGAGCAGGUUGGCCUGGUCCAGUUGUUACGCAUCCUUAGCGCCACGGGGCUGACAGGCGCGCCUUCCAGUGCUACUUCAAUUGCCCAGCAGGCAGACACGGUACAGCAUGUCGGGCAACCCACGGAGGCUGCGAACUCCGCAGCAGCCACGUCCAUCGGCAUUCCCGCCGCAUCAACUGCAACCACGGCGACCUCCACAGCAGCUGCUGCACCAGAACCCUUGGAGGCGGCGCCGCAGCAGCCAAUGGACGUGGUCGCCGCCAUGCUGCCUGACGGCGCUACCAGCAGUGCUGGCACCGCAGCGCGCAGCGGCAAUGUGGGGACGGUAGCUGCCGGUCCGCUGUCCACCCACAGCUCGGCCGACACAGUUGACACUGGUCUGGCGCUGUCUCGGGUAUACACCGCAUUGCGCAACAUGCGCCUUCGUGAUGAAGGCGGCCAGACGGAUCCUCCGGGCACGCGCACCAGUAACACGCAAACAUCGCCCGACCUGCGCGCAAGCCACAUGCGCGACGAGGAAGGGCAAACGGACACUCCGGUCUCCUCCUCGAGUGGCAGUCAGACCGAGAACCUGCGCGCCGGGGUUGCAUCAGGCGUGGUGCAGAUUGACGUCGAUGACCUCCGCGCAUUUGCAACACGCAGCAAGGCCGGCCAGACGGAUCUGCCGUCGUGCGAGUCCAUAUCAGUGCAAACGCAGCUGGCGGAGCUGGUGCCCACGUCAGAGGGGAGUGUGCAGACGGACAUUAGUCAUUUGCGUGGCGGGCCUUGCCGGGGCGUGCAGACCGAUGUUGCAGAAGUAGCACCUGCGGGCUCGCAGACAGAGGCGUCAUGGUUGAGUCAGGCGUUGCCUAGCGCAGCUACGCAGACUUUAGACGACGACGCCAAUCUGACAGCUGUGUUUAGCGCGGAGGUGCAGGAGGAGCUUGCACGCGCGGCUUUGGCUGCCGGUCAAUUGUCGCCGCGGUUAUCAGCUGAAGCGCAAGCUGAGGUGUUGCGCUUGGCGCGGGUGCUUGCGGCAGCAGGCCAGCAGGCUGAAGCAGAGCAACCGACACUGAGUGCCGAGACGCAGGCGCAGCUCGUCCGCACACUGCGCACGGUUGCGAACCCGGUGCCGUCCCUGGAGUGGGGAAGUGUGCUGACUUCCGUCGACAGCGGUCAUACACACUUGUCGUCUGAGUUACGCGAGGGGCCUGCCACCAGUGACUGCGAGGUACAGACAGACCUAACGGCUGUGGACUUCACGGCUCCGAAUCCACAACCCGACUUGGAAGCCAGCUCCAACGCCUCUGCCGACAGCUCCAUUACUGCUGCUCCCGCGAUCCCAACCGCUUCCCACCUAGCUGCCGAGCCCUCUGUCCGCAUGCCUUCGCCGCCAACAUCAACGCAGAUCGGCACCGCCUUUGCGCUGCGCAACCUGCCCAUUGCCUCGGAUGGCGGGAUCAUGGACGCCCCCCACCAGGAAGCGGUUGUUGCUGGCCGCGUGGGGUCCUCCGGGGGCAUGCUGGCGUACCUCGAGGCAGCAGACCCCACUACCGCCACGGCGCUCAUGGAGCUCAUGCAGGCGUUGCAGGUAAUGACUAUGCACAAGCGGCGCCGGCGCUGGAUUUCUGACGGUAGCAGCCGGGCAAGCGGCGAGUGUUAUCACGAUGCUGAGACCCCGAGCUCACCGCCCAGUAUACGGAGAAGCAGUGGCGCUGUAACGACUCUGUGGGGCAGCUUUGUGACGUCCAUUGGGCCGUCCGUGUCGCAGGCCGGCCAGGCGUCCCUGGCUGGGGCCGAAGCCGCUGCUGAAGCAGCGGCGGCUGAGGAGGCAAUGGCCGCAGCGGGCGCCGUGGAUUCUGCCACCCCGCCUGCUGUCAAGGCUGCCACCGUUGGCGGCGAAGGAGUGGCCCUGCAGGCUGACGCCGCCGGCUGCCAGCGCCACUCGUUUACCGCAGGCCUGCCACCACGCCCAGCACCUCCCCCGACAACUGCGGCGGUCGAUUCAACUGCCAGGCAUUUGCAGCGAGCCUUGCGGGCUGUCUCGAACGGUGGCGGACACCGCCGUGCUACUGGCGGCGGUCCCAUGAGCAGGGGCACGAAUGCUGUAACUUCCCCGGCGUCUGCGGAGGCACACAUCGCGCUCGCGCUGGAGCUCUUGUCAAGAGCCGCUGCGCCCGCCGCUGGCAGCACUUCUGACGAGGAAGCUGAGCUACGCGCACAAGAGGAGCUGGUAGCCGCUAUGCUAGCGCUGCUGGUUGCGCCAGCGGCCCCAUCGGCAGCGAACAUCACUGGCGCUGCUGAUGCUGCUGGCGCCUCUGUUGUCCUACCUGAAGGCCUUUUGCCGGCAUCUGCUGAGCCCUCGCUGUCUGUGGCAGGUCUAGAGGCGUUGGCGUCCAUCGGUCAAUCCGGCGAGUCCCUGGCAGUGCCGCAGGAGGAGGGGUAUUGUGAGGUAGACGCGCCAGUCGCUUCCGUUAGCGCCUCCGACUCGGAGCCAGACAUCCCAACGGCAGAAGCAAGCCCGCUUGUUCGAGCAGAAGUUCCACGCAGCGAGACGCCGUCACCGUCCGCCAUGUUGCGUGCGGAAAUCCAGGUGGCACUGCAGCAAGCCGAGCGUGCGUCGGCUAGCGUCACAAGCCUGCACACUGGCUACCUACCUGCGACACCGAGGGCGGCUGAGGUGCUGGAUGGCCUACCCUUCGAGCAGGCGGUCGGAUAUAUCCUUGACGGCCUGCGUAACUUUGAGGGCCCUGCAAAGCUGGCCCGCAACCUCCACCUUGCGCGAGAUGGCAGCAGGUCAACCUCAACGGGCGGGGCGUCGUGGGAGGGGCUUCCGGCUUUGGAAACGCAGGGCAGCCGGCUGCAGGCGACUGGGAUCUUCGGCUCAGGCACCAUGCUGGCUGCUGUUGUGGAAGGUCCUGGAAAGGAGGUUGACGACGGCAAGCCGCAGCCACUCAGCGGGUUGCAAAAUGAGGUGGAGUGCGCACUGCCCGCGGUGCUGCCGGGCCGACAGGACUCCUCCAGCGCAUCACCGUCUAGCAAGCAGCUGUUGAUGGGGCACGUGGAGGCUGCCGUGGAGGUCGCAGCCAGCGCCAGCAACGGCCUUGUCACCGAAGUGCCCGUUGCGCACGCUUCGCCGUCUGCCGUGCGUCUUCUUGAGCAGUUGUCCGACCUGGGCAUCAUCUCUCUUGGUCCUGCUGACUCCCCUGAUGCCGCAGGCGCCCUGCGCUCCGCCCCGGUGACUACUGCCGGCUCGGCGCCAGCCGCGUUGCAGUUGUUUAGCAGUCCGACGCCUGCAGUCGUGUCGCCGCAAACAUUUGGCGGCGCGAUGGACUUGCCAGCGGAUAGCGCUCUGGGCCCGGACGCACACCAGCGGCACAGCGUGCCGUACCUGCCGUGUGGCGGGCUUGACGACCAGCUGAGGCCGGUUCACAGCGUGCUGGUCCUGGCGUCAACAGGUGGCCAGGAGGCUGGGCAGUCGCCUGCAGCUGUAGAUACCGAGGACGAAAGCAAGCACGGGUCUCCAUUGUUGCCAGUGAGCACUGCAGGAGCCUUUGCACCCUGGCUACCUACCUUUGCAAUGCCCUCUGCUCCUGCUGUUAAUGUCACUCCGCAGCAGCCCACUCGUACGGCCGCCAGCGUCGCCGGCGUUGAAAGCUUCGCCGCGUCGCCACUGCACACAAUGCAAGCCUUUGCGGAAUCGCCCAAUCUGCCGGAGGUUUCCGGGGAGGAGCAGCGGCAGCAGCAGACGGCCCUGGCAGAGGAUGCGUGUCUGACCGCUGAAGACGAACGGGUUGCUCAUGAUGCUAGUCCUGGCCAAGGCAGCCCACAGGAACCACAGAUGGUGCAGCCGUACGAGCUGCUAGUGGGAGCUGCGGCUGUUCCUGACGUCCUGGCCGUGCCACGGUCCGCUCCCACUACUAUGGGUGGAGAACAGCUGCCGGUCUCCCGCCCGCUGCAAACCGCCGGCGGCUUUGGGGCGCAAGCCCCAAGCCAUGCAGACCCGCAGGUCCCUACCGUAACAGCCAGGGAGCGUUUCCGCAUGCCAGGGCCUUACCGCAGUUCACCUCUCAAGCCAGCGUCGCCCAUGCGCGUUUUGAUGCACAACGUAUCUGUGCCGGUUGGCUUUGCUGCUAGUGCUGCACUUCCUCUCGCGGCUACCUCUAGUGCAGCGGCUCAGACAUCUGCCUGGUCCGAUGCCGCUGACGGCUAUUCCGACGACUCCUUCCCGGCCGUUCGGCUCGCUCGUGACGCGAUGGCUGGUUGCUAUGCGAAGCCUGCCGCCAUGGAAGCACCAGCGGUGGAGGCCACUGCAGCUGGCGGGGUACGGCGCGCGCUCUUCCCCAACAGCAGCGGGGCAGGAGAGCAGCAGCGGGUGGACGAAGGCGUUGCUACUGCGCCGGUAACCGACGCCUCAACGGCUGCAGCAAGCCCCUCUAACCUGUUGCUUACGCAGGCUGCGCAAUUGCUACUGCAAGCCAUGCAGCGCUCCGCAGAGGACCACCCCGAGCAGCAGUCUGCAUUCGCCGUUCUUGCACCCGUCCUGGCCGGGCUCGCCGCUACUGGCCCGGAAGGCCAGUCAGCGUCAGCGGCGAGCGACCGGGCUUUACCGCACCAGUCGUCGGCGCAGGCGGAACCAACCGCGCAAGAACCAGACAUGGCGGCUGCAGUCCCUUUGGCAGAGCAGCAGCAGGAAACAGCGCUGCAGCAGCUGCUGUUGGAAUCGGAGGAGCUGCCGCCUAUGGAUUCUUCCUCCUUUGCAUUCCUCAUGGGAGAGCCUGGUGAAGCCCAGGCCCAAACGCCAUCCGCAACGGCUACACCGUCAGCGGUUCCCCACUCGCCCGCUCUCGCCACGGCCGCGGACCUUGAAGCCUUCAAGGGCGAUAUCAUGUCCAGCGUUCGUACCGCCCUGAUGGAGAUCGUGGAUCUAAUCGGGCACUCGGUCGUACAGCGCGCUGCUGCUACCGCCGGUACGCCCGCCAACGCAAUCAGCGGCGUCGGAGGAAACAAAGGUGGCCAUGCCUACCAACCGGAGUUGGAAAGCGCACGUAACGAGGCCCACGAAUAUGGUGAAGCAGGUAUCGAGGAGGAGGAUUCCCACGCUACCACAGUGGGUGGCGUAAGCGUUACAGUGGAGCCCUCAGCAUCUUCGUACGCGUUAGGGGCAGACCAGCAAGAGAUCCGCAUCACGCGCUCGGAGCUUGAGGCUUUCAUGUUUGGCAAGGCGCUGCUUAACAGCUCUACUACCUCGGACCUGCUGGGUGUGCGGCUGCGCGACCUGUAUGCUCGGCAGCUGUCACAGGAUGCGGGCGAUGAGGAGCUGGCAGGUGGCUAUGAGGCGUCCAGCGUGCGCUCCCAGGACGACGGGGCCCCGGACGACGACGCAAGCAGUGCAGCAGACUCCCGGAUAGGUGUAAAUGACCCCCAGCGGCAUUCCAGCGACUGCUUCCAGUCCCCACUGCCACACGCAUCGCGCGGCAGCGACCGCAGCGGCAACGGCUUGGACUCUUCGCCUUUGAGAGGUUCCGAGCCAGGGCCAUCCGGUUUCGGCGUCCCGCGCCAUUCGCCGCUUCGCCAGCCUUUGGGCGAUGGUGUUGACUUUAAGUCCUUAUUCCGUCGCUCCAUGGAGCACCUGCGUGACCACCUCCAGCAGCAUGACGGCGCCGCCUCCAUCGCACAGCGUGCCUCUGCGCCCUCGCCCGUUCGGGGGCCCAGCCCCACGAUUGCCAUGGCCAGCGCCAGUGCCGGCCCCUCCCCGUCUGCUGCUACAAUCCGCAAGCCGCCCAUGCCGCCCAAACGACCGCCCAUCCCACAGCAGUUCAUGUCCGAGGCAGUCUCAGGUGCAGGCUUAGCUGCGGCUGCUGAAGGCACCUCAGCUGCGUUGGACAAGGCAGACUCUGGAGCGUUCGAGACGACUUUUGCUCCCUCCAUGCCCCCAUCCCUGGCGCAGCAGUUGGCGGCUGCCGCGGCGAGGGCUGUCGCCGAGUCUCAAGCUGACUUGGAAGCCGCUGCACGGGCGGCUGAUGAUGUCGAGUUGGAUAUGCCGCAUCUGGCAGCCAGGGCCGAGCCUACUACUGGGGUCGCGUGGUGUCCUGACCCAGCCUUCCCUGCACCUCAGUCGAUGGCGCACACGCACCUUGCAUCAUCGCUACCUGCCGAAUCCUCUGCGCCUGUGGAAGUUGCCAUUUCAGCUGCUGAGGCGUUUGGUGACUUCCUAGCAGCCCUUGCAGAGCCAGUGGUGCAAGUUGCGGGGCUGUUCAUGCCACCCGACCCGCGGGUCGGUGGGCGGGGCUUCCCGCAGCGGACCGUAGUAAUAGAGGAGCUGCGCGAAGAGGAUGGCCGACGUGGAGCUGAGGGAGCAGCGGCACGGGAGCAUUUCCGAGCUGAGCGGCCAAGCAACGUGCCUGGUUACGCUGCGGGAGGUGCAGGGUGGUUAGAGGAUGAGGAUGCAUACGUGGACAGCCCGCGUGCUCGGUCUGAGACUAGUUCACCCCGACUGCGCUUGCGCCACCCUGUCCUUGCGGACCCACGCCUGCAGCUUUCUCGCAGCACGUCUGACGCUGUACACCUGCACGCAGCCCCGGCUGCCUCAUCCCUAGACGUCCUGGUCUCCAGUCGACAGCAGCAGCAAAACCAGGCAUCGACACAACAGUCAGUGGCGACCCCGCCACUGCAGCAGAGUUCGUCAACCUCGGUGCAUCUGCAGUCGCCGCACUCCUCCCUUCCGUCUCGCCUGAAGCACGUGUCGGUGCCGGGCGGCCGCCUCGUCACCGAGUCCCCUGCAGAGGAGGACCGCCCGCUGUCGAGCUUCGCAUCGCCCUCGUCCGUUUCUGAGGCAGGCGCGCCGGUGGCCUCAUCAAGCCGCAGGCAUACCUUGAGCCCUGGCCCGCUCUCACGCAUGGCCCCGACGCGCUCAGGCUCGGUUGGUGCGACUGGUUCUGCACCUGGUGCCCCAGCCGCCGUCCCAGCUUCUGCUUCCGCAGCCUCCCCCGUCAGCCGCCUAGAGGAGUUGGAGAUCUUCCUCCAGGCCUUCAAGUUGCGGAUUGGUGCGGACGAGGAGGCUGUCCCAUUGCGGGCGCUUCAGCUUGCCGCGACUGCCGCAGCCACGGGUGUGACGCCGUCGAUAGCUGAGGUCGACGUUUUCGACGGCGUCAGUUCAUCAGAAGGCUCCAACGACGGGCAGGAGCUUGGCCGGACGCUUGCUGCGCUAGCUGCGUUUGGCGAGGAGGAGCAGGGUGUUGCGACGGGGUACAACCUGCACACCAUUCGCGCCUCCGCAGCAUCGGCGAUGGCGGCUGCCGCCGCUGUCGAGCAGGUGUUCUCGCCGCGGCUUGCGGACAUGCUUGGCGCUAACGACGUCAUCCCAGAGGAACAUGAGUUGUCAAUCCUGCCCUCCUCUGCGGGUGUCUCAGCCAUCGCGGUUACCGAUCCCCAGCCAGGUGACGAGGCAGGCGGUGCAGGCUCCGUGGAGGAUGGUGGUGCCGGCGGCAGUGUGGUGUCCAUGGCUGGCCUCUCAAACAGCGCGUCAUCGGUGUCGAACCCCUUGCUACGAGAACACCUUGAGCAUUUCCAGGCUCUUCUGGAGAAGGCCAACGACCUGGUUGACCGGCUCAUGGUUGCGGACGAGGAAGUAACUUCUGAAGCCGCCACCGACGGCACUGGCACCAAUGCCACGCCACGGCAGCGCGCCACCCCAGCCUCUGCCUCCGCCAGCGCCAUACGCCGGCAGCUCCACAACCGCCUCACAGCAGCUGCAGCAGCGUCCCUCGUCGUCACGCCCUCAAGCACUCCUCGGCGCCGCUCAGUGCAGGUCGGCGCCGUGUCUCCAGUGCUUAGCGUAGCUGGUGCUCCCAGCACGCCGCUGCCGUCCCUGGACCCUGAGCUGGCCGCACUGUUCCCCGCCACAGCGGCCCGACUGUCCCGGCCCCAUGCCCUGCUGGAGCAGUCCCAAGACGCGGCCCUGACGCUCGUGAGCUCCGCGGUAACUGCCGUGCCGCAGCUUGCUGUCGGUGCGAACCGCGCCCGCAGCCUGAGCACGACGCCCUCAUCGCGCUCACCCACCGGGUCCAUCAUCAGUGUGACCACCGUCGCAACGUCGGCCACCAUAACCGCGGCUGCGCCGGUCGCUGCAGCGGCACAGAACCCAACUGCCACCCCGCUGGCUCUGGUCGCGGCGCUCUUGGCGGAAGCCCACUCGCGCAUGGAGUUCCGGAGCCUUGAUGAGCAGCGGGGAGCUGACAAGAUCCUGAGCGCAGUGCUGGACGAGCAUUUUGCUCACGUGCUGGGCACCCCACGUGGCUUCCUGACGCCUGCACGCGAGCCGCAGUGGCUUAACGCAGCAGCUGCUGCUGCUCCUGCCGCCACUACCGCCGCUGCUGGUGACGCUCCUGCUGCGGCAACAACAUCGCAGGCUCAUCGGCUGCUGCAGCGUGCGCCGGAGCCGCAGCCAUUUGUAGGCCCUGCAAAUCUUAGCGAGGCAUUCAAUCAGGCUGCUGUUGCUGGUGGUGCCGCUGCUGCGGCCGUGCCCAGUCCCGCUCCUCGGCACAAGGUUGUAGACUUGAUGGACGAGCCUGCCGUCCUGCAGUCGCCGGAUCCACAGCCAGCUACGCGGCCGCAGCCGCCGUUACCGUUGCUCCCACCGCGGGCCACACAGCAACAACAGGUGGCCGCUGAGGCGCAAACAGUUGGCACCGCCCUCUUGGAGGCCGCGGAGGCAGCAGCGGCCUCAUCGCCGCAGCCGCACGAGCGUCAGGCGGCGUCAGGUACCCACGAGCAGCCCCGCAGCGACGCAGACGACCUGUUCGGCCAACUCAUGCAGGAGCGCUCCGACAUACUCAUCUCAGCACUGGAGCAGGUGCACCGCGUCGCGCCUUCUUCGCAAGCGUCAGCGGAGCCCCCCACCGCUGUCUGCUCGCAGUCUUCCCUGGCCUCAUCACCGGUGACCCGCGGGCAUAGCUCCGUACCCGACGCAGUUGCGUCAGCCUUCGCUGUCGGCGCACACGCGCCGACGGGCUUGCCGGAGCCCUUCACGCAGGCAACGUCGCAGCUAGAGGACCAGCUCCGGCACCUUGCGGACAGCUCUGGUGCCAGCAGUGCGAGCGGUGAGGCUCCUGCCCCCGCGGUUGCUGCCGCUGCGCCAUCCUCCCUGUCUAGGGAGCUGCCAGCGGUGCUCGAUGCGCUGCCCGUCCCAGCCACCUCUGUAGGGCCGCAUGCGCCGCUGCCGCAGCCGCUCAUGCCGUACCAGGAGGCUGACAGCGAGAGCACCCGAACGUCGUACGCCACCUCGCUCGCAGGCAGCAUCCGCCAACACGGCGUUGUGCAGCCUGACUUGGAAUCCCCCCUAUGGUCGCGCGUUCCCUCCGCGCCUGGCGGCAGCGGGGCGCCCAGUGAUAUGCUGUCCCGUGGCACAGCCCCCUUGUACGUGGUGAGUGCAGGCGGCGCCUCAACUCUAACCAGCAGCCUGGGUGGCGACUCAGCCAUGAGCGCGCCUGCGGGACCUCCGCGUACUGGGGCCCUGGACCUUGCCAUGUUAAUCGCUGAGGAGGACAGCAGCGUUUCGGCAGGAGCGGAUUCCAACAAGUCUCCUGUUCAGUUGCCGCUGGUGCCAAGCGAUUCCGCAAGCAGGGGUGUUGGCAUGGUGGACGGCAAGGCUUCAAGCAAUGCAGCCGGCACCGGCCGCGUGGGCGGUGGUGGCCGCAGCGACUAUGCCAGCCCUGCCUCCGCAAGCCAGACGCCCGUCAGCCCCGCCCAGCGUGUCCUCCACGAGAGCACCUCGGAGUCGGAGACCUUCCUGUCGUACACCACGGGUGAUGCCGUGUAUGAGCAUCGCAACAGCGAGCUGGUUACCGUCGCCAUGGCCGUAAACGGCCCCGCUGUGCACCGUGAGGCCCCAAUCGGGACGCUACGCUACAACCCCGUCUACGACCCCUCGAGCUCCCUGGCCGAGUCAGCGCAGGCAGCGUUCGGCGCCUUCGCCCAGCGCAGCAGCAGCGGCGGAAGCGGCAGCACGCAUAGCGCUGGCAUGACCACGCUGCACCAUGAGACUGCCUACACUCCGCUUGCCCUGGCGGCCGCCGACUCUGUCGGACCUCUCGGAGAGCUGGUUUCGGUGGAGUUUCACUCCCGCCUGCUGAGUGCGGGCGGUACCACCACGGCAGUCCUGGUUCCCAACCCCGCAUUCGACCUGAUGGAUGACUCCUUCGACGACACCCCUCUGUCCGCAUCGGAGGCUUCGGUCGUAGCCGCAACCGCCGUCGCCUUGGAGGGAGGUUUCGCGGACAGUGUCGACGUGUCAUGUAUGCACCCGGUGCUGCGACUGGAUUUUGCAGGGGCCGCCACUGCUGGUGUUGGUAGCAUUGAGGCGGACACGCCCACACCAGCUUCAGCAGCUGUGCCGGUGCUGCCGCUUUCACCUGUCGACAUAGCCGGAUCGCCUCCAUCACGGCUUGCCGGCGCAACCCAGGAAGUGACCCCUCGUGGCGCUGUUGACAGUACCGUCGCCUCUGGGAAUCAGCUCGCCAGUCCAGUAAACCCUGCGUCCUUUGGGGGCAGCGCUGAUGACCUGUUGUCCCUCCUCGGCCCAGAGCUGACGGACUCGCAGCUGUCGCUGCUGGCGGCGGCGCCUGAGUUGCCGUACAGUCGGCCGCAGAGCCGCAGCCACUCGCUGCGUCUCUCCGGGUCGUCACAGCAGCUGCAGCAGCAGCUGCUUCAUGGUUACCACUUCUUGGGCCCGUUCGCACGGCACCGGGAGUUCAGCGGCGGCGGUGCCAUUGUGGUUGCUGAGGGCAGCGAGGCCAGGGUCAGCCGGGAAGACUCCACGGCGGGGUCGUUUGACUUUGAGGAGAUUAGCCGUGAGGCGGCGGCCGUGGUGGACAACCUGGCGACGCCGCACGAUGCUGCUGUGUCGGCCGGAGGUUUAAGCGAAGGCUUUAGGGCGCAAUUCAGACCGCUGAUGUCAGUUGACGAGGAGGUGGAUGAGCCGGCGGUGCGUGAGAGUGCAGCAGCAGCAGCAGCGGAGGCGGCGGAGCAGCAGGGCAUGCCCGCUUCUCCUUCUGUAAAGCCAGCUAAGGCGGGGCUGGUGGCAGCAGCCGUGCGCCGCAUUGAAUCUGGCUUGACGCCUACUGGGGCAGAGGCUGCGGCAGCGGCUGGAAACGACAAGGCAACACCAGCUGGCUUCAAGUCGCCUAAGCCGGCUGGGAAGCCUGCUGGCCGCUCUUCUCCCGGUAUCCCACCGCGGCCGGCCUUCAGCCCUGGCGCAUCGCGUCCUGGAUCCGUUGCAUCUUCAUCAUCAGUCCUCGGCGGCAGGAGCAGGCGCAAUAGCAGGAGCGGCUCGGGAGCAUCUCUGGCAGACGAGCAGCUGAAGGGCACUGACGCGGCCGGUUUUACGGCAGCUGCGCCGGUUGGGCCAGCACCCGUGGUGGCUGCUGAGGCGGCGACUGGGGUGUCUUUGAGCGGCAGCGAGGCCCCCUUUGCGCCCGCGAGCUCCCGUAGCCUUGGCGCAAGCACCUCGGGUGGGAGCGUUGGCGACGUGCUGGCGCUGGAACGUACCCUUGUGACUCGCGAGUGGCUGCCAAUGUCGGGGGAGGAUUCCAUGCCAGAUCCUACGGCAGCGGAGCAGAUGUACGGCAGCUUUUUGCCACUGUCGUACGGCAGCAUUGGCGUUCGGUUGCAUGGCAGCGGUGCCGUCCUGUUGGCCGCCGACACGGCGCCGGCUGGCAUGCUGGUGGAGCCGCAGGGGUGGGAGCAGCGCCCGAGGUCCGCCGGUGCAGGUGGCAGGCCCUCAAGCACACCGGGUGACGCUGCUGCGGGGCGGUCUGUCACCCCCGGUCCGCGCCCGCGUGUCCAGGGCGGCAGCAGCACUUCAGAAGCGGCGAAGGGCGGAGCUGUUGGCCGCCAGCGGAGUCCUGCUGGCGCCAAUAUGAUAGGGGCUGGGACGGCUGCGCGGAGUAAGAGCUCCAGCGCUGAUGGCAGCGGCCUGUUCCAGUAGCGGUAGCGGUAGCGAUAGGAGUAGCAGCAGGAACCAGAAUGGGUCUUGAAGUGGCUAAAUAGAGCCGGUGGGGCGUGCAGUGGUGUGUUCGCAAGGUGAGAAUGGUUAGGACUGGGGCGGUUGGCAUAACUGUAUGGGAGGAUCUUAAAGCUGCAGGUGGUUCGUGUUAGGCAGCAUGUAUAGGUUUCUGCUAUGGCGUAGAUGGUGCUUUAUAGAGAUACCGUCAGGAGGUGCAGUCGCUGUGGGUUGCAUGGAUAAGCGAGAUCGCUGCAAGGCGCUUAGAUGGGAGCGGGAGGUCAUGCUAUGAUGGGGAUUUGGGAGCACCGGUGGAUGUAGGAACCGGGCAAAGAUACUGGACCCAACUCCUCACUGAUAGCUACUGCGAUCUUUAUACCUGGGGUGUUUAGCCGUGUAGGACGAUUACGGUGCUAUCCUACAGCUAGGACCAUCAGGGGCUCUGGCAGUAAAGCUGACUGAGGGUACAUAGCGAAAUGUCCUCACGACUUCCACAAAUGCCGACGUAACAUGGAUGCGAAUGCUCGCAAUAGUCUUGACGUUUGGUUCACCCAUGGUUUGUACUGCAUGUACCAUGAGCUUAGCUGCCGAUGUGAGCAUUGCUAGCAUUUUGGCACGGGUACGUGUACUUCUAUGUAUCGGACUUCGGUGCCUUGUAGCCGGCGAUGACGCACAUAUAACGUUCCAUACACCCCUUUUACAAAGCUCAAUUGUGUGCUAGGUAAUAUGUACAUGUUUGGGUUACAUUGUUUACACACCCGUCAGGCACGCCACGGACGGACGCGCGCCUCUGGUAUGGCAACAGUAUGGCAGGACUAUUAAGCUUUUGUGCACAGGGCGUAUGCAGAUAAUCGCAAAUUUGCAAAAACCGUGUCGGGUUACGUAGGCAGUUAGUUAGACGUAUAGACGAACGGUGUUGCGUUGUGUGGCGUGUGGAAUGACGGGACUUAGGCCAGGGUGAUCCUGGUUGCAUUAUUAAUGCGUGCGUGCACGAAACAGCAUGUCCUCGAUAAGGCUUGUAUAUUGCUAACGACGCUGACGCUAAUAUUGGUGCAACAAUGCAAGGACAUCUCCGUUAUGAUAUCUAGGACUCCCAAGUAUAUGGUGCAAUGGCCUCAUGUCGCGGCCCCGGAAGGCGGGGGCCACUUGUCCAUCCUGGACGCCUUGUGUCUGUUACAUUCUACAUGAAACAUGACCUGUU